AUGGCGUUCCCGGAGAAGAUACCUCAGCCUGUCAUAUCCACAAAACGGUCGUUGGGUGAUUCUGAUGACUGUAAACUUGACGAAUUCAGAAAACCUAAAAUGGUGAUGCGGAAGUAUCCCCCUCAUAAGAUCAGAGGAGCAGAAGCAGUCCGUGAUUUCCCUCCUGGUUGUGGAAUCUUACAGGAUUCUCUUGCGAGUAAUGUAGAGAAGAAGCCAUUGAAGAAAUUAGACAAUGUUGAGUCAGAUAUCGAGAACGUGACCUCCCAUGGCAAGGAUAAGAUGGUGAACUCUAAGCCUUUUGAAGAUAAUAAACUCAAUAGAUGCAUUAAACCUUUAGGAUUAGGGUUCAAGAAACCUUCUUUUGGCACAAGGCCAUUUGAUAAAGUGAAAUUUUUGAAUCCCAUGGAACAACAUCCUGUUUGUGGAAUCAUACAAGAAAGGAAGCCUUUCAAGAAAUUAGACAAUGUUGACUCAAAGUCAAUGGAAUGUUGUCAUCCUUUGGAGAGUACCAAACCCAAAGAAUCAGGGAUCAACAACAAACUUUUUGGCUCAAGGCCAACUGGUAAAGUCAAAUAUUGGGAUCCUAGGAUCCCAUCUACAAAUGACAAUAAUGCCCCAAAAUCAAACACCAUCGGAUCACAAAAUGAACAAAUUAGACGUGAGAAGCUCCGUGAGACGAUGAUCUUGUUUGAAACAAUUUACACUCAGUUAUUUCAAGAUAACGAAUCAAAACAAAAGGGAGAAAAGAGAGCUAAUUGGAUACUACCCAUGGAGGCUGCAAAGAUACUCAAACAAAAGCUAAAAUGGAUGAAUGCUGACAAGACAUUAGGUCAAAUCUGUGGUGUCCAACCUGGCGACAUGUUCAGAUUUAGGCGGCAGCUUCAUAUAGUAGGUCUUCAUUGUCAACCACAUUGUGGUAUAGAUUACACCAACAUUAAUGGGAAGAAUCUUGCUAUAAGUAUAGUUGAUUCUCAUCGUUACUCAAACGAAAGUCAAUCUUGUGAUGUGCUUACUUAUUGUGGUGAAGGUGGUGGCGGGGUCGGGUGCUUUGGGUCUAGUCGCCAGGUGGUGCCUGAUGAUCAAAAACUUGAAAGGGGUAAUCUUGCUUUGAAGAAUAGUAUGAUUGAGAAAAAUCCUGUUAGGGUGAUUAGGAAAGUUUUUGGAGUUGGAAAGAACAAUAAUUUGUUUGUGUAUGAUGGAUUUUACACGGUGGAGCAUUGUACGCAAAAAAGAAGUUCAGAAGGGACGAUGGUGUUCAGGUUUCAACUACAUAAAAUUCCCGGUCAACCUCAUUUUCACCAAUGGGUCAAUGCUAUACCAGGUAAUUUCGUUUUAUACCGUUAUACCACCUUUCAAAUGCUUUAG